GUUCGCGCUGCGCAUCCCAACAACACUUUACAAUAGUGAUCCAUCAUUACGCGUUUUGAUACAUCGCCAUGUCGCUGCUUCGACCAUUCAGAUGCCGCUUCCAAAGGGAAGCCAUUCCGCUGAAAUGGGCUCUGUCCAGAUGGGCCGGUGCCAAGAGCGAAGGGCUGUCAGAGGGGGACGGGGUGGUCGUGGGCUUUGAACGUCAAGGUUGGCCUUUGGUGAGGCUGAUUGCACCGGAAGCCCAAGAAGCUCCAGAGCCACCGGUGGUGGUGGCGGAUCCAGGUUCUGGGUCGCAUGGCCUGCUCAUGCGUGGUCAGAUGCUCAGAUUGAGCUUCACAAGCACAGGAUGGAAGCUUCUCCAUGUGGUUGAUGCUGGAAGCUCCGGCCGGAAGCGCCAGCGGUGCAUUCACCCCACACGCGUGGGUGGCUUGUGCAAGAGCUGCCCUAGAAGGAGCAAGAGCAAGAGCAGGUGAGUCCAACAAGCUUCCUUUGUGGUCUCAACUCCUCGUGAACCUCGGCCACGCGAGUUCAGGCAGAGGCAUCUUCGCCUGGCCUUCAGGCGCACACCGGUUGCGUAGGCUGCUUUAGGGAGGAUGUGUGGUCGCUCCCUAUGCACCUGGACGGUGUGUGUGGUUUCAGGUGAGUGACCAUAGUGACAGAAACUCCACUGCGCGUUUGGG